GAACCACCAUCCGCACCUCGCUGGCGGAGGCGGGCCUGUGCGAGCUGUUCGACGGCCCGCUAGUCGCGGGCGCGGUCGGCUUCGAGGGCAAAGCUGGCUUCAUCGAGGAGCUGGUGCGGGCCGGGGGCCUGCGCCACCUUGGACCCGACGGGCUGUGCAAGGUCCUGCUCGUUGACGACGACGUGCGGGAGCUGGAGCGGGCGCGGGCGCGGGGCGUACAGGUGUUUGCCGCGCCGGAAGACGGGGGCCUGCAGGAGCCACACUUCGAGGAACUCUUCCUGGGCCUCGGGCUGCAGGGGACCCCCGCCGCCAGUCCGACGCGCGGGGCGCCCCGCCUGGGAGGGGUCUUCAUCGGAGAGGAGCUCGGAGGCUCGCCCGAGGAGCCGCGCUUCCAGGAGUUCCUCCCCGGGCCCGCGCCGACGCCCGUGCUCGAGGCGUGCUCCGCCGCGAGCAGGGCCUCCUGCGAGAGCGCCAUGCCCACGGCGACGUCGGCCACCUCGACCACGGUGAGCUGGGCAAGCCCGGCGCCUUCACCGAGCUCAUCGCCGAGGAGCGCUCCCCGCGCCUCCUCCGGGCCGCCCCCUGCGCCAGAGCUCGCCCCGGGGCGGCGGGGGGCAGCAGCCGCGCCCGCGCCGGGCAGCCCGCUGGAUGUCCAGGACGCGGACGACGACGACGCUGACGGAGCGCCGCUCUGGACGGCGCCGGCGCGCCCGGGCAGCUGCUCCGCCGCGCUGCGGGGCGCCAAGCGGCUCUUCGGCCGGACGAGCCCGCGCGGGGCCGCGCGGGGGCCAGGCUGCUACUGGAACUCGAGCCAGCUGGCGGUGGACGGUGCGCCGGACCCGCCCGCGGCCUGA